AUGCCCUCCAUCCAACCCCCACUCACCCUUCCAUGCUUUGCCCCCACACUCGACCACAUUCACCCUUCCACCUCUGUCCCCCACCCCACCUCACUCACCCUUCCACCUCUGUCUCCCACCCCACCUCACUCACCCUUCUACCUCUGUCCCCCACCCCACCUCACUCACCCUUCUACCUCUGUCCCCCACCCCACCUCACUCACCCUUCCACCUCUGUCCCCCACCCCACCUCACUCACCCUUCUACCUCUGUCCCCCACCCCAUCACAGUCAACCUUCCACCUCUGCCCCCCACCCCAACACACUUACCCUUAUAACUCUGCCCCUCACUCCACCACACUCACCAUUCCACCUCUGUCCCCCACCCUAUGACACUCACCCUUCCACUUCUGUCCCCCACUCCCCUGCACUCACCCUUCUACCUCUGUCGCUCACUCCACCACACUCACACUUCCCCGCAGGUUCCCACCACAUGGCACUCACCCUUCCACCUUUGCCCGGCCACUCCACUACACUCAUCCUUCUACCUCCGUCCCCCACCCCACCACACUCACCCUACCAACUCUAUGCCCCACCCCAUGAUGCUCACCCUUCUAUCUCCGUCCCCCACCCCACCACACUUGUCCUUCUCCUACUGUCCCCCACUCCACCACACUCACCCUUCCACCCCUGUCCCCCACCCCAUGAUGCUCACCCUUAUACCUCUGACCUUCACCCCACCUCUCUCAAGUGCUCCUCCUCUGUCCCGUUCCCCAUCACACUCACCCUUCCACCACUGCCCCCCACUCCACCACCACAAUCACCCUAUUACCUCUGUCCUCCACCCCACCACACCUACCCGCUCUGUCCCCACACUCUACUGCGACACUGCAAGCGGUGCUCUGUGUGGGACUUUGCUGCAGGCGGCCCUGCAAGCGGCCCUCUGUGUGAGAGUUUGCUGCAGGCGGCACUGCAGGCGGUGCUCUGUUUGGGUGAGUGCAAGGCCGCUGGUGGCGUUGCAAGGGGUGCUGUGUGCGAGUGCAAGGCCGCUGGUGGUGGUGCAAGGGGUGCUGUGUGCGAAUGCAAGGCCGCUGGUGGUGGUGCAAGGGGUGCUGUGUGCGAAUGCAAGGCCGCUGGUGGCACUUUCGAUGGGGCUGAGAGCUAG